CUUUCUUUUCCUUUUUUCCUCUCCCUCCUUACGCACAAAUUCCUUCUCCCUCUUUUCCUCUUUUCUUUUUUUCUUUUCUCUCCCUCCCUGCACCCAACUUCUUUCUCCCUCUUUUCUUUUUUCUUUUCUCCCCCUCCCUGUGCCUAUUUUCCUCUUUCCUUCUCCCUCGUAAAUAACUCCUCUCUUUAUCUCCCUUUCUCCUUCUUUUUUCUUUUCUUUUCUUGUUUUCUUCAUUUCAAAAGCUCUCACAUUUUUGCAGAUCUAAAUCCGCACAGAAAAACAAGAGGAGUCACAAUUGAAUCUAAUUUGUUCUCUCAAAUAUUAUUCAUGAGGAACUAUUUAUGCUCUUUGCAUGGAGGGGAUAAUGAACCUUCGAAACAAGUGUUUGAUAAACCGAAUGGUGGCAGAAAAAGGAUUAAGGAAGUCAACAAUGAGAGAUUUAGAAUACAUGAUAACUAAAUAUUUUAUUCUUGUAACUAGCUAUAUUGUAAAGUUAAUGUUCUUGUGUUUAGAAUGAUAGUGUAAUUGAAGUUGCUAAUGUCUAUAAUGUAUGUUUUAUGUUAUGAAAAUGAACUUGGAUGUUUUGUGUUGGACACAUACAAUUGCCUAUGUGUUUUCUUUUUUGUCUGUGUGUAAUUGAAAUAUCAUCUGUCAUUGUUUAUAUUGUCU